AUGACUACUGCUCCAAUCAGACCAAUAUCAUUGCAGGUGGUGGAUCAGGUUAUGCAGAAGAGGAAUCGCAGAGUCGCUCCCCACAUUCUAUCAAUUUCUUUGAAAUCCAGUCCUACUCAUCUACAGCCAGAAUUUGCAUUUACAACAUGGAAAUGGAUUCAACUAGACAUUGGUGAUUCAAACUCUGCCUGCAUCAAUCCUUUGUCGUCCAUAUCUGUUCUGGUGCUGAAGAAAGUAACCACAGGAUCCAACUUUAUUGAUAUUGUAUUUGCUGGUACAGAAUCAUCAGCUGUGACACUAGAGCGGGCAAUAUCAAGUCUGCUUAAUCACCCUGAAGUUCUGGAGAAGGCAAAGAAAGAGUUGGACAUUCAGAUUGGUCAUGAAAACUUGAUGGAUGAAUCAGAUAUAACCAAAUUAUCAUAUCUUCGGAAUAUCAUAACAGAGACAUUAAGAUUAUAUCCGGCAGGUCCAGUUCUUCUUCCACAUUUAUCAUCUCAAGAGUGCAGUGUUGGAUGGUAUCAUGUAGAACCCAACACAAUGCUUCUUGUUAAUGCAUGGGCUAUACAUAGAGAUCCUGAAUUAUGGGAUGAUGCAGUUAAAUUUAAACCUGAAAGGUUUGAGAGUAUUGCAGGCCAAAUUAUAGGUACUAAUGAUCAGGUCUACAAGUUGAUGCCUUUUGGCUUGGGAAGAAGGUCUUGUCCUGGAAUGGGUCUUGCCAACCGUGUUCUGGGGUUUGCUUUGGGGUCUAUGAUUCAGUGCUUUGAAUGGAAAAGGGUAAGUGACCAGGAAAUUGACAUGUCUGAAGGGGUUGGACUGUCCAUCCCUAAGGCUGAACCAUUGCAGGCCAUGUGCAAGGCGCGUGGUAUCAUGAAGAAAGUGGUGCCUUCUCUUUAAAGCAGAUCAAUCUAAUUCUGCUUUUUAUUUCUACCAGUAAUGCUUUUCAUUCAUGGCCUAAACUUAACUCAUUAUGCCACGCAAAUACAUGUAUACCUAUAAUUUUCUUAAUAAUGAUUAAGCAUAAGCAAUAUCUAUAACUAAAAUAAUGCAAUACUCUACUUUUUCA